AUGCCCAUCGGCGGCAUCAAGUGCGCCGUCUUCGACCUGGAUGACACUCUGUGGAACACGAUGCAGACCUUGGAGAGGGCGCAUCAGGUGAUGCAGGCGGCGCUGCAGCUGAGGCGGCCGGAGGUGGCCUGCGGCCCGGAGGUCGUGAAGGAGGCGAUGCUGCAGGUCAUGGCCGACCAGCCCGCGCGAAAGCACGACUACAGCUUUUGCCGGCGGGAGGCGCUGAAGAAGAUGACAGGGGACGCGGCGCUGUCGGAGGAGGUCUUCCAGACGUGGCACGCGGCGCGGAACCGCCCGGAGCUCUUCCCAGGGGCACUGGAGGCCUUGGGGCGCCUGAAGCAGCACGUGAGCAUCGGCACCUUGACAGAUGGCAACGGCGAUCCCUUCGUGAUCCCGGGCUUGAAGGCGCUGGUGGACUUCCACGUGAGCGCCGCGGAGGCGGGCGCCGGGAAGCCGGACCUGAGGGCCUUCCAGCUCUGCGAGGCGAAGUCUGGAUGCACUCCGGGGGAGCUUGUGAUGGUGGGCGACAAUCCUGCCAAAGACGUGCAGGGUGCCAAAGAUGCCGGCUGGCGUGCCAUUUGGGUCCGCCCUCCGGCGGUGGCGAUAUCCGGCAGCGCCUUCGACGUCUCGCAGGGCGCAGCGCAGCCGGCGCCGGCGGAUGCUGAGGUGGACCACGUCAGGGAGGUUGAAUCAAUUCUUCUGCGCUGGGCACAGUCCUCCCUCUAG